AUGGACGAUUUUUUCCCCGCCUUCGCUCAAUCAAUGGACGAUUCCGCCGCCGUGGAUCUAUCAAUGGACGAGUCCGCCGACGACGAAGGGUUGGAUUGGAAUUGGCCUGAAGAGAAUCCACCAAGCCUGUACCGAAGGGUCCUCACUAUAGCUAUGGGAUUUGACGUUUCGGUUCCUGAGGGUUGUACGCCGAGUAAACGUGUGCUUCGUUUGGAGAGAAUGCUGAGAGAUAUUUUCUCUUCAUGUGGAAAGAUCAAGUCCGUUUGUAUUCCUCAUUCCGCUUUUUCCCCUACUAUCAAGAGAUAUGCUUUCAUAGAUAUUUGGGGAGAGGGCGUGGAAGAGAAGGCGUUGCAGCUUAAUGGAAGUAAGAUUGAUGGACACGAGCUAGUUGUUGCUCUACCAUUGCGCCCCAUGAAAAGAGCUCGAAUAAAGGCUUUAAAACUUCUUCGAUACGGCAGGAGCGAAAUGAUGGUUGUUUCGGGAUAUGACGCAUCGCUUCCUAGGAAGACUAUCAAGAGCGCGUUGGCUAAACAUUUCUCUUCAUGUGGAGAGGUCUUGGAGGUGGACUUGCCUCAUUCCUAUCGAAGAAACCCUAGCAAAAACGCCUAUGUUUACAUUUAUGGAGAAGGCGCAAAGGACAAGGCCCUGCAACUUAGUGGAAGGGACAUGGGAGGCUGCAAGCUUGUUGUUGAAACGCCGUCAUUUUAA